AUGACUUCUUCACCUUUAUUCCUAACAUCAAAUCCAUAUUCCCUUCUCCCACCUCCUCCUCCUCACCACCACCGCCGCCAUUCUCGAUUCAAUCCACGCUGUUGUACGCAGAACAACACAGCGAAGAACGCUCGCCCGAAUCUGGCAUCAUCUCUCUGCAACGCAGCAGACGAUUUCAUCGACAAACACCUGCAAAAAGCACUGAAACCAUCCAUAGACCCGAGAUUUGUCCUAGCGGGAAACUAUGCACCAGUGAAGGAAACGCCCCCGACAGAAUGCACAAAAGUGGAGGGAACUCUCCCAGCCUGCAUCAAUGGCGUCUACUUACGAAACGGCCCAAACCCAUUGUUUCCUCCUCGACCAGGCCAAGGCCACCACCUCAAUGACGGCGAUGGAAUGCUCCACGCCCUCUCAAUCCGCCAUGGCCGACCCAUCUUCUGCAGCCGUUUUGUGCACACGGACAAACUGGUACAAGAACUGACAGCCGGGCGUUCACUCUUUCCCCGAGUGUUCGCCGGAUUCUUUGGGCUUGCGGGCAUGGCGAGAGGAGCUCUUGCAGCCGCCAGAGCAGCACUGGGGGUAGUCGACCAGUCCUACGCUUCAGGACUGGCAAACACCAGUGUCCUCUUCUUUGGUAAAAAAUUCAUGGCGUUGGGAGAAUCGGGCAUGCCGUAUGCAUUUGUUAUUACCCAAAACGGAGACAUUUGCAAUGUCGGGCGCCAUGAUUUCGGCGGCAAGCUCAAAUUGGGAAUGACUGCGCAUCCCAAGAUUGAUCCUUUUACCGGUGAGCUUUUUGCUUCACGGUAUGCUUUUGCGCCGCCGUUUCUCAACUUUUUCAGAGUAGAUACCCAUGGGGAGAAGCACCCGGACGUUCCGAUCCAGUCUAUGAAACGCCCGGUUUUUGUCCAUGAUUUUGCUAUAACGGGGAAUUAUGCUAUUAUUCCUGAUUCUCAGAUUGUUGUGGAUCCCAUGGAGAUGAUUCUGAGAAAAGGUUCGCUCAUUGUCUGUGACUCUGCUAAGGUGCCCCGAUUGGGCGUUUUGCCCCGCUAUGCAAUUGAUGAUUCUGAAAUGCUCUGGUUCGAUGUUCCGGGCUUGAAUAUUGUUCAUACUUUAAAUGCUUGGGAAGAGGGGGACGAGGAGCUUGUUUUGAUUGCAGUGAACUCUGAGCCCGUGGAGUAUAUUUUGGAGCAGAAUCAUUUGCUGAAAACUUGUGUGGAGAAGAUUAGGUUGAAUUUGGGCAGUGGGUCGGUUUCAAGAAAGAGGCUUUCUUCGAAUUUGGGUCUGGAGUUUGGGGUGAUAAAUCCUCGGUAUUUGACAAAGAAGAACAGGUAUGCGUACAUGGCGAUUGGAGCACCGUUUCCUAAGGCUCGUGGGUUUGCUAAGCUGGAUUUUGAGAAGGAGAAAGAUGGAGGGGAAUGUAUUGUUGGGUCGAGGAUUUUUGGUGAGAAUUGCUUUGGUGGUGAAGGAUGUUUUGUAGCUCGGAGUGAUGAAAAGGAGGAUGAUGGAUAUCUUGUGGGAUUUGUUCAUGAUGAAAGUGCAGGAACGUCUAAGCUUCUGGUUAUGGAUGCUCUUUCUCCCACUUUAGAAAUUGUGGCUUCUGUGCAACUCCCUGCUAGAGUGCCUUAUGGUUUUCAUGGUCUUUUUGUGAGCCAAGAUAUGGCAUUUGAUCAGAGUUUGUAA